AUGCCGACGCCAGGGAACCCAUAUCGCCAAUUCACAGGCGUGGUCGUGUCGGCCGGCAAGAUGAUGAAGACGGUGAGGGUGCGCAUACCUGGUCAGAAGUGGGACAAGCUCAUCCGUAAGGAUUUCCCUGCACCCUAUCACGUCCUUGUUUCAGACCCUACCGAGUCAGUCAGAGAAGGAGACGUCGUCACGCUGCGAAACGGAUGGAGGACAUCGAAACAUGUCCACCACGUCGUCACGAGCAUCGUGGCUCCGUUUGGGCCAGAAAUUAGCAAACGGCCACCCAUACCAACCGAGGAAGAGCGUCAGCAGCAACUUCUGCACACACGGCUGGAGAAGGACCUCAGGAAAGCAGCAUUGGGCAGACAGGCCUCUAUCCAACACAUCCGGCAGAUCGCUCAAGAUGACGGUUGGGUGCAGGAGCUGCCGCAGCGUCUCGCGGACGCUUGGAAGCAAGCCAAGGAGGCCGGCAUCGUCAGGACAAGCGAAAAGCAGGAGCAGAUGCCUCCGAUCAACGUUCUAGCACAACAGAACGUGGCCGCGGCUGCCGAAUACACGGAAAAGGGCCUUGAGAACGAGGAGCAGGCGGAACAAGCUCAAAAGGCAGGCGAGUCCAUGGCCGAGGACGUUAUAAGGGGCGGCAAGACCAUCUAG